GGAGUGGCAUUGCCAAUCAGGAAUAUUAUCUCAGCAGUAGAAAAGGAGCAUGUCAAUGAGGGAUUGUCUACUGGGUCAUUGCGGCUGGAAGUCAAUCAGGAAAGGGGCAAUAACUCUACUGGGUAUUUUUAUAGACCCCCAAUGGUAAUAGAGACAUUGAGGAGCAGAUAGGGAGGCAGAUUCUGGAACAGUGCGAUAGUAAUAGGGUUGUUGUGAUGGGUGAUUUUAACUUUCCUGAUAUUAACUGGCUUCUCCUUAGAGCAAGAGGAUGGGGUGGAGCUUGUUAGGUGUGUUCAGGAAGGGUUCUUGACGCAAUAUAUAGAUAAACCAACUGGAGGAGAGGCUGUACUUGAUCUGUUAUUGGGAAAUUAACCUGGUCAGGUGUCAGAUCUCUCAGUGGGAGAGCAUUUUGGAGGUAGUGAUCACAACCCUAUCUCCUUUAUCAUAGUGCUGGAGGGGAUAGGAUCAGACAAUUUGGGAAAACAUUUAAUUGCGGUAGGGGGACUAUGAAGCUAUUCGGCAGGGAUUUGCAGAAAUAAAUUGGGAGCAGAUGUUCUCGGAAAUGCGUGGCAGAAAUGUGGCAAAUGUUCAGGGAACAUUUACAUGGCAUUCUGCAUGGGUAUGUUCCAUUGAGGCAGGGAAAGGAUGGUAGGAUGAAAGAACCAUGAUGUACAAAGGAUGUAGAAGAUCUAGUAAAGAAGAAGAGAAAAGUCAAAAGAGGUAACAGUGAUAUUUAAUGAAUACAUUGCUUCAGUAUUCAUCAGGAUAAAGACCUUGGCAAUUGUGGGGAUGACUUACAGCAGUCUGAAAGGCUUGAGCAUAUAAACAUUAAGAAAGAGGAUGUACUGGAGCAUUUGAAAAGCAUGAAGUUAGAUAAGUCACCGGGACUGAAUGAGAAACACCCCAGGCUACUAUGGGAAGAGAGGGAGGAGAUUGCUAAGCCUCUGGCAUUGAUCUUUGUGUCAUCAAUAGGGACAGGAGACGUACUGGAGGUUGAAGGGUUGCGAAUGUUGUUGCCUUGCUCAACAAGAGAGUAGAGAUUACCCAGGAAAUUAUAGACCAGUGAGCCUUACUUCUGUGGUAGACAAGUUGUUGGAGAAGAUGCUGAGAAGCAGGAUUUAUGAGCAUUUGGAGAGACAUAAUUUGAUUAGGGAUAGUCAGCAUAGCUUUAUCAAGGGCAGGUCGUGCCUUAUGAACCUGAUUGAGUUGAGGAUGUAAGAUAAAACUUUGAUAAAGGUAAAGCAGUGGAUAUAGUGCAUAUGGAUUCCAGCAAGGCAUUUUAUAUGAUUUCCCAUGCAAGGCUUAUUCAGAAAGUAAAGAGGCAUGGGAUCCAAGGAGACCUCACUUUGUCGAUCCAGAAAUGGCUUGUCCACAGAAGACAAAGGGUGGUUGUAGAGGUUGAGUAAACUUGGCCUUUUCUCCUUGGAGUGAUGGAGGAUGAGAGAUGACUUGAUAGAGGUGUAUAAGAUGAUGAGAGGAAUUGAUCAUGUGGAUAGUCAGAGGCUUUUUCCGAGGCCUGAAAUAGCUAUUAUGACAGGGCAUAGUUUUAAGGUGCUUGGAAUUAGGCACAAGGGGGAUGUCAGGGGUAAAUUCUUAGAUAGAGAUUGGUGGGUGAGUGGAACCCACUGCUGACGACAGUGGUGGAAGCGGAUACAAUUGGGCCUUUUAAGAGACUCUUAGAUAGGUACAUGGAGCUUAGAAAAAUGGAGGGGUAUGUGCUAAGGAAAUUCUGGGCAGUUUCUAGAGUUGGUUACAUGGUUGGCAUAACGUUGUUGGCUGAAGGGCCUGUAAUAUGCUGUAGAUUUUUAUGGUUCUAUAUUAUUGACUCUACUGGUAUUUCAGGUGGCAAGAAAUAUGACUAAAGGCAUCACUAAUUACAUCUUUACUGAAAUAAAUUGGGGUCAACUGUCACCGCAAACAUUAAAGAAGUAAGCAGAGGUGGCUGAUUCGAAGGAUGGGCCGUGCGGGUGCAUUGCAGAGCCAAGGGGCAACGUGUUCGAGACAGGGUCACAGACAGAGUUUGUAUCACUGUUGCUGUUGGAGUGAACGAUUUGGAGAGGAGUCAGUGCCCGUUCACCAAACCCGGGUGCAGGUUUGGAUCGCUCCAAGUGCUGAGCUGAUUUGGCAGCACAGUAGCUGGUGCCCGUGGUUCAUCCAUUUUACUGGAUCCCGGUGUCAAAGUUAAUCCCGAGAAGAAUGAAAUUCUUUGGUCGUUCACCUCCAGCCACAAAAGUCCUCUCACCAUUUUGCAUUACAUCCCAAGUUUCCAGAAGUGGGCAGAACCCAGUGAACAGUUCAACUCCCGGCUACAGUUUAUUCAGUUCAAUGGCUCUCUGAUGGUGAACAGAUUACAAGCCGGUGAUCAAGGAGAUUACAGCUUCACGAUGGAUAGCCGACUGUUGAAAGUAAUAAGCGUGCUCGUCUUUGAGAAGCUGUCCAAACUAUCCAUCCGGAACAAUGGCAGCUCUCUGCAUUCCACCAUCCAGCUCAACUGUACUGUUGACGGAGAUUCUCUGAGCUACCAAUGGCGGAAAGACGGAAGGGAGCUUUCCCAGGAUCAGUUGCUGGACGGUAACAAAAGCCUUGUUAUCCCGAGCGCUUCCAGAAGUGACUGUGGAACUUACACCUGUGAUGUCACCAACCCCGUCAGCUCUGUCCAGGCAAACUACUCGCUAACUAUUCACGGUCUUCCUCUGGUGGAGACUAGCAUUGUGGUCACAUCAAUUAUCGGAAUAGUAUUCUCCGUUGUGUCAUUUUUUGGUCUGCUGCUCCUGUGUUUCUUUAGGAGGGAAAAGGAAAGUGGUUCACUGAGGCAGCUCAAAUACUUGUUUUUGCUCCUAUUUAUCUGUAACACACUGUCUCUUCUUGUUAUUUCCAUUGCCCUCGGUUCCUGGAUUGCAAUAAAAGGAGCUGCCUCUGCAUCUGUGGUUACCCUGUUCAUUGUGGUUGCCCUGCUGCCUUUGAAUGUGUGCCUGACCAUCACCAUUUGGAAUCAGGGCUGCCAGUGUAUCAGAAAGUUCUUAGACUGCACAGGUUUACGCGCUUCGAUUGACUUCUGUGGCGUCAUGAGUUCCGUCAUUGUGAUCGCCAUUUCCAUCGUCAUCCUCAUUGAGGAGAUUCAGCAAAGCAAUCAAGGCUGUCAUGUGUCAUAUCUAACCUGGAGCACGGUGGCCCCAUUGAUCAUAGUUGCUGCGAUAAUCUUCUUUUCAUUUUUAAUAGUAUGGAAGAGAGGUAGCAGUUCAAGCAGUGAAUCAAACAAUGAAGGAACACCACAGGACCCUACGCUCUCUGGUUUCCUGAACAGGCAUGAAGAGAUUGUUACAAUACAUUGCGGAGAGGAACCCAGCAUGUUAAGCUUCAUUGGUGGAACUGGAUAAAAACACAAUUUAUUUCCAGCAUCUGCAGAUUCACUCGUGUUGGUGGAACUGGUGAUAUUUUGGGUUAUUUGACAGCACUGCCCCGCCAGAGCCAAGAUACUUGAAAUUAGAUGUGCACAUUAUUUUGCAUCUCCUUCUCCAUGGAUUGUCACCUUGUCGUGGUGGAGAAGCUUGUGUGGUCCUGAGAUCCCGAGAGCGAUGCCGUCUGGAGCUAUGCUCCUGGUAGGGUCACCCAUGGCGGUAAGGUCAAGUGUGAGGUCCCUGACAAAGAGCAAUCCAACCAAGACCUCAAUGGUGGAACAGGUGGGCGAAGCUACUUUGAACUCAACGGCUGUGAAGACGGAUGAAGGCUACAAUUAAUCCAUCAGCUCCAGUCGUCAUGGUUUCCACGCCAUUGGAAUCAGUUGGUUAAUUUGUGAAGUAUUGUGUGCUUCUUGCAGUGCAACAUCAAGCACACAUUAAACAAAUACACGCACAGGCGUCUUCGCUCAUCAUCCUUGACCUCGAGGGAUAGCCACGACGAUAAUGACGAUCUCCUGCACAUUUACAGCUGAGAAUACUUACUGCAGCUAUGGUUAGUGUGACACUAUUGCAGUGGCAGUGAAUCGGGUUCAAUUCCCAUCACUAAGGUGCCUGUACAGACUCCCCAUGAUGCAUGGGUUUCCUCCAGUGCUUUCGUUUCUCCCCACUUCCCAAGGAUACUUGGGUUGGUAGGAUAAUUGAUCCCAUGAAGGUAUACGGCUCAUUGGGAAGAUGGCAGGCUCUUUGCACCAUUAAGAACUUUACGUACUGCAGGUCUAUCCCAUUAGUGAGCUGCUCAUCAGUGAAGCAGCUGGCCCUGGUGCAGUUCGUGUCACUGCCUGCUACAGGAAGCAUUCAGAGUUGGUGUGCAAAAGACAUUGGCAGUCUAGUAGUGAAGGAUUGUCUUAGGUGAUUCUUUUGCAGUCACAAAAUUGGUUACAUAAAUUGCUGCAAGCCUGCUUUCCUUGUGCAUUGGUGGGGGUGGAGGUGGGCUUGGGUGGAGGGAGAUGUGUACUAUAUAUGCCUUGAACUGUAUAUUGCUGUCCGUACUGUUUGUUGCAACUUGGCCCCAGAAGAAAGCUGUUUCAUUUGGGUACUCAGGUAUGGUUGAAUAAUAAACUUGAAGUUGAAUAUUAAGAGCCUCUUACUGUGCUUUUCCCUAACAUUGUACAUUGAUGUAUCUAAUAUGAAUUAUUUUAUUUUAGAGUGUGUCUGCUAUCAUGAGUCAAAGCAUCACAGUAUUACUAAGUAAGAACAGCUGAGGUUAACUGGAAUUUAGAUAAUGUUAUGUUUUACACUAUUGUUAUCAAUGCCAAAUGUGAGAUGUUAUUUUUGGUCAGUCAUUUAUGUUUACCAAUACACAAAUGUUUUCCUGCUAGAAGUUUUAAUUACUAUCCUGCCAAAAGUUUGGGACAUCUGCAAUCCUGGUGGUGUCAGAACCUCUUCCGUGAAUGGGAAUUUUAUUUGAAAACUGAAGUGGGAGAGAAGCAGAUAUUCAGUGCAAAAAAAGGUAAUUAAGAUAAGGAAAUCGUGAUUGGAUCAUAAAGACAAGAGAAAACAGUAAACAAUUCUGAUAUGUCUGUCCUUGGUCUCUUCCACUACCAUGAUGAGGCCUAACUCAGGAUGGAGAAGCAACACAUUCAGUCUAGGUAACCUCCAGUCUGAUGGCACGAACAUCGAUUCCUCCAUCGUUCAGUCAUUGCUCCCCCCAACCUUCACUCUUUUUCCAUUCCCCAUUCUGAUUACCCUCUCAGCCCCAACUCCACACCUGUCAAUCACCUCCCCCUGGUUCUCCUCCUCCUUUCCCCUCUCCAUGGUCCACCCAUCACUUCUCACCUUCUCUCUUUGUUCACGCUCCCCCACCCACCUUCUCUCUCACCUAAUCAACUGCCAGCUCGUACUCCAUUCACUCCUCACUGGAGGAGAAGCACAUUCAUAACACUGAAUUCCAUUAAAUUUCUCCCACCACUUUGCCAGAAAAUUCCAAGCCAAUAAUUGUUCCCACAUCAAAACUAGCUUUGUGGAACACUCCACUAGACAUACCUGAUGUCAAUGGUUCAAUGGUUCCAUUUAAUAUCAGAGAAUGUGUACAGUAUACAACCUUAAAUUCUUUCUCUUCGCAGACGUCCACAAAAUGGCAGGAAAAAAAUGCAAAAAAUGAAACGACAGAAAAUCGUUACAGCCCAAAUCCCCCAUUUCCUCUUCCCACACACAAGCAGCAGCAAAGCAUCAACCAUCCCCUGAAAUAAAAGCAGAGAUUUGUAAAAUCUCCCAACUUAUUCUGAAGUCAGUCAGAAUUAUAUUCAAGCCACAUUGGGUCAUAUUUUACUGAUGAUGUGUUGAACAGGUUUUUGAAUGUUUGAACACCCCCGAUUGGUUCCUCCACUUCUAUACAAACAAAAUUAAGUGUCAUUAAGUCAGUUGAUAGAGCUGGGUUACAUCGUGACUCAACUACAUUACCCCUCAGUAAGGCUUAUCAACACUUCUGCUUUCUAAUUCACCUCUCCAGACUCCCAUGCCUACUUUAUAUCCUCUUGUCACACUCCUGUGCCUAGAAACACAGUCAAUCUAGGUAUAAUAUGCCAGCUUGUGUAUUUAUAUUUAUUGUGUGUUUUUAUUAUUGUGUUCUGUACCUUAUUGAUUUUUGUGCUGUAUUGGAUCUGGAGUAACAAUAAUUCUGUUCGCCUUAACAUUUCUGUAUUGGAAAUGACAAAACAGUCUUGAAUCUUGAAAUAUUUACACACACACACACCACCCCCACUGGUUGACCCCUCUCCCACUCCUCCAUCUGUCCAUCUCACACACACACACACACACACACACCCCUACCUGGAGGAACUCAGCAGGUCAGGCAACAUCUAUGGAAAGGAAUAAAGAGCAGAUACUUUUGGCUGAGACCCUUCAUCAGGACUCGAAAGAAAUAAGGGUGAAUCUAGAAUAAGAGGAGGAGAAGGAGUACAAGGUGAUAGGUAAAGCCAGGUUUGGGGGAGGAACAUGGCUGUGUGGAGAAGGGCAGGGUGUGAAGUGAAAAGCUGGGAGGUGAUAGGGGGAAAAGGUCAAGGGCUGAAGAAAAAAGGAUCUGAUAGGAGAGGAGAGUGGACAACUGGAGGAAGGGAAGGAAGAAGAGCAGAGAGAAGUGAUGGUCAGGUGUGAAGAGAAACUGUGAGAGGGAAGCCAAGAUGGGAAUGGAAGAUGAGACAAGGUGGAGGGGGGAAAUUACCAGGAAUUUGAGAAAUCAGUGUUCAUGCUGUCAGGUUGAAAGCUAUGCAGUCAGAAUAUGAAGUGUUGUUCCUCCAAACUCAGAGGCAGUGGUGGCCCUCUAACCCCAGGACAGGCAGCCUCUGGGCUUCUGACCUCUAGGCCAUGGUCCCAGAGUUGCACACAUUGGGCCUUUGGCCUCCAAACUUGCUGAGCUCAGAGUCUAUAAUCAUUGUACCUCACGACUGUGUAUUCUGCUCUGGUUCCCUCCCACAUUCCGAAAGUGGGUUGAAAUCAAACAUCAAGAGCCCUUUUGUCGGGCAGAAUUUUGUUGGCCCUCCAGCACAGCGAGAUGUCUGUGGAGGGAAUGCUGCAGAAGUGUGUAUUGACGGAUGCAGUGUAACUCAGCACAGACACUGAGCAGAGGCUCCAUGGGGAAAGAUUCUGCUGCCACCAGACAUUGAGGUGCUGAGUCCUGUGUAGCAGCUGUUCAUACACUUGAAGAGUGUUUUAUGUGACGUCUGUGAACAGUGGAUUUUGGAGAAAGCUGUGCCCUUGUUAUGAAGUGUAUUUUUCUAAAAGUUCUAAGUGCAGUAGUAAUUUUAUUAUACUUUAUUUUAAUAAUUUCUAAAUAAAACGCUUCACAUGUCAA